AUGAAGGAGAAAUCGAAGUACCAUUUAUUUGGCAAUUUUUUAACCAAUCAUUUGUUAAUAUUUUUCAUGAUUUUACUGAUAAAUGUGUUGUUAUAUUUUUCAUUUAUUAACGGAUUUUUAUUUCCAAGAGAAGGAAUUGUAAACAAGUCCGAAAAUUUAGAAAUUUUUAGUAGAAAAGUGUUCGGUGAUGAAUAUAUAGAAUUUUUAAAGAAAAAAAAACAUGUACAUUCAAUAAUAAAUGCACCAUACAAUAGAAUAAUAAUUCUAUUAAUAGAUUCUCUUAGGUUUGAUUUUGCUCUUUACGACCCAAAUUAUAGUAAAGAAAAGGAAAAGGAUGAAACUCUUAGUGGACAAGAGAAGCAAAAAGAUGAAGUCAAGUAUUUUCUAAAUAAUAUGCUGAAUUUACAUAAUAUAUUGAAAAAUGAAAAGAAAAACUCUAGAUUAUUUAGAUUUGAAGCGGAUGCACCUACUGUAACUACGUCAAGAUUAAAAUCUAUGUUGAUUGGGACAAUACCAAAUUAUAUGGAUUUAAAUGAGAAUUUUAGUCCAAAUGAAAAUAUACAAGAUAAUUUUGUUGAGCAACUUCAUUCAAACAAGAAAACAAUUAUUGCCAUUGGUGAUGAAACUAUUACAAAAUUAACAAGAAAUAUAACUAAGAAAUUAGUAUAUGAAAGUUUUAAUAUGUUUGAUUUAUAUUCUUUAGAUAUAAAAUCAAAAAAUCAUUUUUAUAAAGAAUAUUCUUUAAGUUAUUGGGACAUUAUCUAUGUCCAUAUGUUAGGUGUUGAUCAUGUAGGACAUGUGAAAAAGACAAAUUCUAAAAUAAUGAAAAAUGUAAUAAAGAACUUUGAUAUCCUUAUCCAUGAUAUAAUUAAGAAAAUAAAAUUAGAACAAAAGCAUAAAACACUUUUUGUAGUUUUUGGAGAUCAUGGUCAAAUGGAUUCAGGAGAUCAUGGUGGUUUUAGCGCAGAUGAAAUAGAUAGUGCUUUAUUCGUUUAUUCUCCUCUGGGUUUUAUGAAUAUGGAUAAAAAUAUAGAUAGUAAAAAUUUAGUAUUAUAUGAUAGGGAAAUCUUGCAUAGAAGUUCUUCCCCUUCUGAUGCUUCUCUCGGUCCUGAUAAUAAUACAAGAGGAAAAGAAAGCUACAUAAGACAUCAUUCAGUUUUACGUAAUGCGCAUAGGGAUAAAUCUUAUUUUUACAAUGUUAAGCAUACAAAACAGAUAAAUUUAAUUAGUACUCUAUCAUUUUUAAUUGGUUCAACUGUGCCAUUUUGCAAUAUAGGAAAUGUUAUUCUAGAUAUCCUUCCGAGUGCAUAUAAGACAAAUACCAUUAUAAAUAUAGGAGAAAAAGAUAACAAAAAAAAAAAUACGCAAAGGUAUAAUAAAAAUCAAUCUAACAUAUACUAUGAUUUAUUAGAUUUACAUUACAUUGCUGAGUUAAAUUAUGCAAAUCUUUGGCAAAUAAAUAGAUAUUUAAAUGAAUAUGAAAAAAAUUAUACAGUAGAUAAAAAUGAGAAUUAUUUUCUUAUUAAAAAUGGUUGGAAACAAAUAGAAGAAAAAAAAUCGUGUUUUUUCAAACCUGAUAAAGAGUUUAUAGACAAUGAAGAAAUGUUAAAUAUUGAAAAAGAGUCAUAUAUAGAAUAUAUAAAUAAAAUGAGAAAUUUAAUGCAAAUUACUCAAAAGUAUUUCUAUUUUAUUUUUAGUAUAAAAAAAAAAUCUUUUAUAAUUUUAAGUUUUGCAAUAUGUAUUUUUUAUUUUCUAAUACUUAAGUUGUUUUAUCAUUAUUCUAAGUUAAAUUAUUAUCAUAAAUCCAUUACAGCUAGUAGUCUAAUUUUUAUUCUAAUAUUUCUGUUUAUUAUAGUAAUUACAUUUGAUUUUUUUAAUGGAAACAUAUACAUAAUGUUGUUGCCAUUUGUAUUUUUAUUCUUUCUAGUGUUCCAUAUAUUUUCAAAAAAUAAAUAUAAAGAUAUUUCCAGAUUUUUUAUUUAUUCGAAAUUAAGUCUAAUAUCCAAUCUUUUUUUAGACGAAGACUUAAUUACAUUUAAGGGAAUACAACACCAAGAAAGUGAUUAUUUUCAUAAUUAUAAUAAUAGAAAAGACAUAUACCAAAAAGGAUCUAAUAAAAAAUUUUUUCAAAAAUUUUUUGGUUUACUUAAGUGUUUAUUAAUUAUAAUUAAAAGAAGCGCUUCAAAAAGUGCUAGUAUUGUCUUUCCUAAUAUAUUUCAUAAGAUAUGUUGUUUUAUUUCCAUAGAAAAGAAAUCAAUUCAAAUAAUUAAGAAUAAUAAAUUUUUUAUAUUUGUUAUUGUGUGGAGCUUAUUUUUAAUGUCCUUUAACUACAUAUAUAGUGAGAAUCAUUUCAUUCACCUCAUAUUAAUUGUUCAUGUGCUCUCUUCCACACGAACGUGCGAACGCUAUCUUUCCUAUCAAUUUUUUAGGGAGCUGCUCCUUCUAGCCGCUUUAAUAAUCAAUAUGUCUGUCAGUUUUCUGCCUAGCUAUUUUGUGCAUGACAAGGAAAAAUUAUUUUUAAAAAGAUCAGUUUUGAAUAUAGCACUGCCUAUUACUUUUUAUUUUUUUAGUAUAUUGUUAAUAAAUUGUAACAUACACAAAUUAUUAAGGAAGAAAAUAAAAACAACAAUGAUAGUAGGAUGGACCAUACAGUUCAUUCUUGUUGUUUUAUUUUUGCAAAAAAUUAAUGAUCAUCUUAUAUUUUGGUUUCCUCCAAUUAUUUAUAUAUUGACCUUUUCACUAAUUGCAUUUGUUUUAUUAAGAAAAAAUAGCAUAAUAGAAAAAGAAAAAAUAGAAGAUUCCUAUCAAAAGAUUUAUGAAGUUUCUAUUAGUUUCUUUCUAAUACUUAUGUCUGCACUGCAGUUAUCUCUUAUUAUAUACAGUAAUACGAAUUUAAGUGUAAUGGUAUUUUUUUAUAUGACAUUGUUAUUUUUUUAUUUCUAUUUUAUAAGUAUGAACAAUUCAAGAAAAAACCAAGAUAUAAAUAACGUUAAACUUAUGUGGAUUCGGGAAAACAGAAACAUAGAUAUGUUCAUUAACUCAAAAGAAGAAAUAUAUAUAAAGGAAAAAUUUACUGUGAAUACAUCGGUAAAAGAAAAGUUUUAUCUUAAGCUUGAAGAACAAAGAGAAAGUAUAUUAGAUAAAUGUAAUUACCUAAAUCAUUCAGAUAUUACACAAAUUCAAGUUUAUAAAUUAAUUAGAAAUAUUUCAUUCUUUUAUAUUAAUGAAACAGAUUUUUAUAUAUUGUCUUUUAUACUUUUAAAAUAUAGUUUUUUUUUAACGGGACAGAAAUUUGUUUUUACUAAUCUACCGUUAAUUUCAGCAUAUAUUGGUUUUAACAAAUAUGUUUGGCCGCUUAGUCAGAUAUAUAUAUUUAUGCAUGUUUUUUUUCCUAUGUUAUUUUCUUUUAUAUUCAUCAUUUACAUUUUUAAUUUAAGAAAGAUAAUGAUUAUGGAAUCCUUUAAUGAGAAGGAUUUUUAUAAUUUUUACUUUUAUCCAUUAUUCAAUUUUUUGUUUAAGGGCUUCUUCUUGCUUUGUGUAAAGUGCGUUACGUCUCUGUGGGUCGCUUUUUAUUUGGAUUUUCACAUUAUGCUACACGACUAUUUUUUACCGAAUUAUUUUUAUUUGUCUUCUAUAGUUAUAACUUAUACUGUUCUUUCUAUGAUUAUUUUAUUAAUAACCAAGAGUAUAUUUUUAAGAUAA